UCAAAUGUUUUUCAUUCUCACGUUUUGUGAUUUCCCACCACUUUCGAUGCUUUCAGUAAGAUUUUUUGUUUGACGUGAAGAUGAGAUAUCGUAUUACUGUUGUAUACAAGAAAGUGUCAUAUAAUUUAUUUUUUCUGUGGUGAAUGAAAAGAUAUGGGCUUGUCACUUCUUUCUAGAUGCGAGGAUUUCUAGAUAUAUAAAAAUGUGGAUCUUGAAAGGACCUAAUGAUAAAUGUUAUUACUUACUUCCUGGAAAACACGUCGUCGGUCGGAAAAAUUGCGAUUUGGUAUUUGGCAGUGACCAAUCCAUUAGCAGAACUCAUGCUAUAAUUGAAGUGACACAUCCCCAGAGCAAUUGGGGAAAUCCAGAAAAGAAACCAGUUGUAGAGUUAAAAGAUGCUGGUUCCAAGUAUGGAACAACUCUUACCACAGGAAGUAAUACAACCAAGGUAGAAGAGAAUGUUACUAAAAAUCUGAAAGAGAAUGACAUGAUUCACUUUGGUGUGCAGUUCAAUAAGUGGCUUAAUUAUAAACCUUUGAUAGUUGUGAUAUCUUCACUGCCGAAAGCAGAAAAGCAGAAGGUGCAAACAAUCAUUGGUGAACUGGGUGGUUUUGUAGUCAAUGAAUGGCAUCCACAAACAUCACAUCUCACUAUGGCAAAUUUUACUAUGACUGUUAAGGCUAUUAAUGCUUUGGCGCUUGCAAAGCAUAUUGUUACCCCUCAGUAUUGGAUAUCUCUGAAAACAGCCAUAGCAUCAAAGGGAAAUAUUCCAAAGUGUGAAGAUUAUGUUCCACCUAUAGGAGAAACUGUUCUGAACGAACAUAAUGUUUCUUUCCUGGCUAAUCCAAAGCGGAAAUCUUUAUUUUCUGGCAAAACGUUUUACUUCUUUUCUGAGCCACAAUUUAAAGAUCAUGGAUGCAUGGUUCAAGCUGCUGGAGGUGCAGCCAAGCUGGUAAGAGCUGUAAGGCAUUCUCAGAUGAAAAAUUUUAUGGAGCCAGAUGCUGUUGCAAUGUUGUUGCUUUCCAUAAAUUCUCAGAGUUUAACUCUCUCUCAGACUCCAGAAGUUUACACUGAAGUGUGUGCCUCAGAGAUUGGUCUUGCUGUCUUACACUGCUCAGUGGAGAAAUAUUGCAAUCCAGAUUUCAGUUUCUCAAGCAUGUUACUUCGUAAUUCUAAGGAUUCCCAACCUAUUGUGCCAGAGAAAAUUCUAGCAACUGAAACGCAGGAAAACUCAGAACCUUCUCAAUGUCUUAUUGGUGAGCGUAAAAUUAUUCCUGACAGUGGCUGCGAAUCAAAGUUGGGAUUGAGUUUGACUGAAGAUAGAAUUUCAGGAGCUCCAGAUUCUCAAGAUACGGAGAACAUUUUUGAAGGACAAGAAACCCAAUCUGCCGAAUUAAAAUCAAAAAGCUCACAAAUACGUUCUCAAGUUCAGUCUCAACAACAAGGUGCAAUUAAUAGGAACAUUAUCGCGCGGAACUCAAAAAGGUUGAGAGUCAUCGAUGAAAGUGAUGAUGAAGUGGAAGUUCUGACUCCUCGAAAGAUUCCAGCUGGUCCAGCUAAUGCCAAGCAGAGAAAUCCUGUUGUGGUAACAGUGGAUGAGAGUAGCAGUGAUGUGGAAGAUUCCUUUAAUAUUUCAUCUACAUCUUGCAGCUCAAGAGUAUCUAGGUGGAAUACUUCAAAGACAUUAAAUCACAAUGAAGACAGUGAUGAUCCUGACGCAUUGUUUGCUGACUUCAAGGAAUCUCGACCAAAAGCAAGAAAAUACACUAAUUUAAAACGUCCAGAAUCUCCAGAUGUGGAUGCUGAUGAACUCUUUGCGGAUUUCCAAGAGGAUGUCAAGCCUUCAGGUCUUCAUAAGUUUGGAGGAUCUAAUAAGUCAGUUCGACCUUCUGUUACAUCUAUAGAGCCUAAAUCCCCUGCUUGCAAAAGGGAUUUUCCAUCAGAUGAUGAAACUGAGCCACCUGAAAAACGCUUUGCAAAAUUGGAUGUGUCCAGGCAUCAUGAAACGGUUCCACAUCUAGAAGAAGAAACAAAUAAUGAAGAGGAUUUCAUGUCUACAUCACAAGUAAAAAAAGAAGAUGAGAGUUUGGAUGUGAAACCUUCAUGUAAUGUGACAGUUGUUUUUAAACCUUUGUUAAUUACUAACAGCAAAAACAGUAGUUUGGCUUCUGAAGAAGUAUCUCUUGAUUGUACUGGAGUUGUUAACUAUAAGAAAUUUAAAAAGGUGAAUCCUCUGUCUACAAGUGUACUUCCACAUAUCAUUGGUGGUCGAGACCUGCAGCCAUACCAGUCUUUUUGUGGUAACAGUUCUGUGUUCAGUGGUAUGAAUGAUCAUGCUGAGGAAAGCGAUGAUGAAGAAGGACCAAAUACAUUAUGGGGGUCUGUUACACAAAGGAAUAACUCAAAGUUUAAUCGGAGUCGGAAGCUUUGAUGUGCUAGUGGUAAAAAUUCAUUCCUUUUCAGUUCUUUUACAUGUUAUUCCAACUUUUGAAAAUUGUGUUUCAACUUUUAUAAAUUUAUCACAAAUAGAAAGGUAUUUUUAAUAAUUUAGGAUCUGGAAAAUCAAUCUACAACACUUUAUCUGCUGUAUUAGUAGGCGCAUGUGUAUAAAUACACACCCAAAUAUAAACUUCUUUAUUUCUUAAUAUUUCAAUGUUAUUAUGUCGUUUUAUAUUAAAAAAAAUUAGAUACAAAUAUCAGAUUUCUGUGAUCGUUGAUACAAUAAUAAUUCAAUAACUUCUUGGGAAAGGGCUUGUUACAAAUCGAAAAAUUUGUACCGAGUUGCACAAAUAAAUUCCCUUUCUUUGAUUAGAAUA